GGCUCGGGGCCGUCUCGUUUACUUCCUGGCUCAAGCCGCCGGCCGCCAGUUCCCAAUGACAUGACCACGACGAUGCGGUUCCAUACAUGAGUCCUCCCCUUCGAUUGGAAGGAGUGUCACCAUGCCGCCUGAAGGAGUAGCAAGCAAUAUCCGAGUGUUUAUAGCCUGGGACGACCAGACCGUCUUUUCCGGCGAAGAUAUCAAGUGCCGGAUCACCUUCAAGAACGUCGCCCCGGGCCCGAACCAGGCGAGGCCCCCAAAUCAGCAUCAGCAGCCGCAGACGCCCAUUGCCGAACGGUCGAGACAGCCGUCGCCUCUGUUGAGCCCGAGAACGAAACCGAACAACGGACUCACCCCUCCCCUCCCAGGACGGGGGCACCGUUCUACCUUGUCCCUCUCCGUACCCUCCGCCAGCCCGCGUUCGACGAGAGCGCCGCCGCAACAAUGGACGCCGCCGCAGUGGGCCCCGGCACAACAGCCGCCGCAACGGCCGGGGCAUGCUCACAAGCGGUCUCUAUCCAUAGUGUCGAUAGGGUCGGCCGCGGCUCUCGAGGACCAGCCGCACGCGAAUGUGGCACCCGCGCGGCCUCAACGGUCGGGCCGCGGCCACGGGCGAUCUGCUAGUUUACAGAUAUCGCCGAGGGGCGGCCUGAUGAAUGGCCCGCAGUCCGCCGCCUUGCCGCGACGACCGUUCGGCUCUGAAAGCUCGCCCGUAUUCAACCAUUCCUUUCCCCCGUCCAAGUUUGGGUUCGGGAGACCAUCAGGCGCCUCCACCGUACCCAGCACUCCCAGUUUUCUCGGCUCGCAGGCGCCGAAGAGAAGCCCCGGGCCAGUACCUGACUUCAAAUUCCCUGUGGCGCAGUCGUCACUUCCGACCGAAAGUGCCGGCGGCCCACCUAACGCGCAGCUGAAUGAGGCUUUGCCAAUACCUGUGUCCGGGCCGGGGGAGGCUGUGAGUCUCCCGGCGCGCCCGAAGGACGCGAUACCGACCAUCACUGAACAAGCAAUUCCCAUAGCACGGAUAUUAUCCACGACGAGUAUUGCCGGCGGUACUCCUAGAAGUAGCGGCGAGUUCUACUCGUUGAGCAAUAACUCGUCUGAGACGCUCGCUUCGGAAUAUGUAACAAACCCAUUACUGAACGGACGGAAGCCGGCACACUGGCGGCGGGGCUCCGGCAUGUCAUUCAUGAACCAUGCGAAGCUUCCGGAGUCGUUAAUGAUGGGCUACGCACAAGUCCAGGGCUCAUUUACGCUCGACGGGUCGCUUAUUAAUCUAGGCCCCUUCGAAGCAGUCAAACGGAAAGCUGUCUUGGGCGGUCAGGGGGGUGGCGUCAUCGGCGUCGAGACCUCAAGGAGAACGACCGGGCUCCUAACCGGAUUCGGCUGGGGGAGCAUCAGCAAUUCCAUCGGAGAACUCCUCGGCGGCGGGGAACUGAGCAGCAUCAAGCAGAUGCGCGGCGUGGCAAGCUCCAGGUCCAUUCCCCUCCUAUCGACGCCGCAGUCGAUAUUAUUCGUGGAUCUACAGUUGGGCCCCGGCGAGAGCCGUACGUACGAGUACUCUUUCAAACUGCCUAAAGGAUUGCCUCCGACGCACCGCGGCAAGGCCAUAAAGAUCUCGUAUAGCCUAGUGAUUGGCACCCAGAGGCCCGGUGGCACGAAAGAGCAACAGGUACGAUCGGUUGACGUUCCCUUCCGCGUUCUCGGGAGCGUCAACAGCCACGGUGAGAUCCUGGGCCACGAUCUCCUCUCGCCUUACAUCAUACUUCGCGAUCUUGCGAGGGUGCAGCUGCUUGAUAAAUCCUCCCAUCCCGUCCCUCUGAAGAGAAGCAAGCCCGAGCGUCCCGAGUCGACGCACAGCGGGUUUUUGGCGUACGUCGACGAGCUUCUCAAUCGACCUCAUCCAGGCAUGGGGCUUCUGUCACCAACCGCCGCCGCUCCGCAAUCCCGGCGAGCUUCUACUUUCGAGGAGGCUACGUCGGCAAAGGAAGCGAUAGACCUCGCCAUUCUCCGGUCAAAUCUUUCGUCCGAGUCCGGACAGAGCAGCAACCGUUUUGAGAUAGCCCGGAACGGGCGGCGUGUCGGCGUUGUGAUGCUCGCGCGGCCGGCCUACAAACUAGGCGAGUCGGUGACGAUGGCCAUUGAUUUCACCGGGGCCGAAAUCCCGUGCUACGCCAUCCACGCAGCGCUCGAGACGGCAGAGCGUGUCGAGCCGACGUUAGCACUCCGGAGCGAGGCGAGCAUUCAUAGGGUAACGCGCAAGGUGUACGGAAGCUCGAGCGAGGCGACGCUUUUCUCGCGCAGGAUCGUCUUCAACCCUACGAUUCCCAUCGGAGCAACGCCGGAAUUCAUCACGACCGGGCUGAGCUUGGAUUGGAAGAUCAGGAUCGAAUUCGUAGUUCCGUCGUCGGUGAGCGCCGACUCACAGCUCAUCGGCCCGCACCCGCUGCUGGAAGAAAUCUCCCGGGACGAUCGGGGCGGGCUCGUGAUGGUAGCAGCGGAGAAUCUCGAAUGCGAGAGUUUCGAAGUGGCCGUACCCCUGAGGGUGUACGGCGCAGUGUGUAAUGGACUGGAGCGCCUCGAACGAGACGAAGCACAGGAGGAAGGCCUUGUAGUAUAACUGGGGUGACCGGAGACGGGGGAGGGGGUUAUCACCAUACGUGUAACGGACUAGAAAAAGCGGAUACUGUGACUAGGAGAGGAGUAAAAGAGAUGACGGCUUUCAUUUCUUUCCCACCUGAGACGUCACAGCUGGUUAUACGCGGUUAUCAGGAUGAGGAAGGGAACCGACUUAACGACCUAAUGGAACGAGACC